AUGGACAUCAUGAGUGAGCAGCCAGGCAUGAUCACUUUCUCCAGGGCUUUGAGCGAGCGGGAUUGCACCCAUCACUUCCUUACUGGGCUGACUGUGUGUGAGAACAUAGCGUGCAGAUGCCGGAUACCCAGCUCCUACAGAACAGGAGUCACCUCAAACACCACGCACACAGGACCCAGGGUCCCCAACCCGGGGCACCCCUGUGCCAACAUGGCCCAGACAGGUGUCUCCCUCUGCAGCCCUGGGUACCUCACCUCUGCCUCGCAGGCCACCCUGCUCUUCAGCCUGGUCCUCGCCUCCUUCCACUUGUCCUGCGGUACAGAAGCCAGCAGCGGCAACUCAACCCUGAGUAUACACCACCCAGACCCUGGGACCCUGGAGCAGUGUGCCAAUGUGGACUUCUGCCCACUAGCCUCGCUGUGCUGCCGGGCUUCAGUGGAUGAGUACGGCUGGAUUGCUGCGGCGGUCGGCUGGAGUCUCUGGUUCCUCACCCUCAUCCUGCUGUGUGUGGACAAACUGAUGAAACUAACUCCAGAGGAGCCCAAAGACCUGGCAGCGUGA